CGGGUUGGAGCGCGGGCGCGAGCCCUGCCGGUGGCGCUCGGUGCUCUUAGGUCCCCUCGCUCUCGGCCGGGACGCGGGAGAGAGCGGCGCGCGGCUGGGGCGCGAGGUGGUGCGGGCGGGGGCGGCCAAUGCGAAACUGGCUGGUGCUGCUGUGCCCGUGCGUGCUCGGGGCCGCGCUGCACCUCUGGCACCUCUGGCUGCGCUCCCCGCCGCCCCCCCGCGCCUCCGGGCCCGGUGCGGCAGGUCAAUCAGCCUUAUUUCCUCAGUUGAAAUUUAGUCACUAUGAUGUGGUAGUUGGUGUGUUAUCAGCUCGAAAUAACCAUGAACUUCGAAAUGUGAUAAGAAACACCUGGCUGAAGCAUUUGCUGCAGCACCCUACUUUAAGUCAACGUGUGCUUGUGAAGUUCAUAAUAGGUGCUCGUGGCUGUGAAGUGCCUGUGGAGGACAGGGAGGAUCCUUACUCCUGCCGGCUGCUCAACAUCACCAACCCAGUUUUGAAUCAAGAAAUCGAGGCCUUCAACUUCCCUGAAGAUACUUCCUCAUCCAGACUCUCUGAAGACCAAGUUGUCAGCGUGAGCUUCCAAGUUCUCUACCCAAUUGUGAUUACCAGUCUUGGAGUGUUCUAUGAUGCCAAUGACGUUGGUUUUCAGAGGAACAUCACAGUCAAGUUGUAUCAGGCAGAGCAGGAGGAGGCCCUUUUCGUCGCUCGAUUUAGUCCUCCAAGCUGUGGCAUACAGGUGAACAAGCUAUGGUACAAGCCUGUGGAGCAGUUCAUCUUACCAGAGAGCUUUGAAGGUACACUUGUGUGGGAAAGCCAAGAUCUCCAUGGCCUCUUGUCCAGAAACCUACACAGAGUGACAGUGAAUGACGGAGGGGGUGUUCUUAAAAUAUUAACUGCUGGGGAAGGGACACUGCCUCAUGAAUUCAUGGAAGGCGUGGAGGGAGUUGCAGGUGGCUUUAUCUACACUAUUCAGGAAGGAGAUGCACUGUUACGAAGCCUUCACUCACGGCCCCAGAGACUCUCAAACCACAUACGGGAUCUACGAGUGGAAGAUGCCUUACUGCAGGAGGAGAGCAGCAUCUAUGACGACAUUGUCUUCGUGGAUGUUGUGGAUACUUACCGGAAUGUUCCUGCAAAAUUACUGAACUUCUACAGAUGGACUGUGGAAACCACCAGCUUCGGUUUGCUGCUGAAGACAGAUGAUGACUGUUACAUAGACUUAGAAGCUGUGUUUAAUAGAAUUGCUCAGAAGAAUCUAAAUGGACCUAAUUUUUGGUGGGGAAAUUUCAGGUUGAAUUGGGCAGUGGACAGAACUGGGAAGUGGCAGGAGCUAGAAUACCCCAGCCCAGCCUACCCUGCCUUUGCUUGUGGGUCAGGGUACGUGAUCUCCAAGGAUAUCGUUGACUGGCUGGCAGGCAACUCUGGAAGGUUAAAGACCUAUCAGGGUGAAGAUGUCAGCAUGGGCAUUUGGAUGGCAGCCAUAGGACCUAAAAGACACCAGGACAGCCUGUGGCUGUGUGAGAAAACCUGUGAGACAGGAAUGCUGUCUUCUCCUCAGUAUUCACCACAAGAGCUGAGCAGACUGUGGGAACUGAAGGAGCUGUGUGGGGACCCUUGUCAGUGUGAAGCAAAAGAACAGUGAUCCCCAAAGACCAGGGCCUGACAGCAGAAUUUCUGAAACAGGAAUUUUGAGAAGACGUGACAGCAGUCCCUUUACCUUUUGAAUUGUCAUGGAAUCUAUCAAAGAAAAGGAAAAUCCAUUUCUCUCAAAUGAUGACUGUGUACAACCAGCUCAGCCAUGAUCUGUCCUCGAGUCACCCAGCUAGUUGAUUCUUUGGCAAGCUGGGAAAUGGAGCCAAUGUUUGACCCAAGUAGUCUUGACAGCGAAAUGUCAAGCAUUUACCAUUUCUUCCUCAAUCUGAGUAACCAGAAAUAAUCACCCCACCGAGGAGGAAAAAUAUAGGCCUUUGUGAUAACUUCCUAAUGGGUUGCUGAAGAUCCCAUGAGUGGGGCCUUGAGGACACCUCUCAGCCUUAUUAUCCCUCUAGGAGAGAACGUAGACUUCAGUGGUUGAUGAGGUCCCUCCCAGCAGGAGCAUCUGGUCACCAUCAGGAUGUGUACAAUGACUACCAGGUGUGGGAAGAUAGCAAAACAAAUGCUAUGUCUGUUCAGAACACACUAGGAACUUCUUUCCAAAGACAGCGAUGAAGAAAAUUAGUUUCUCUGAAGCUUUAGCUGAAAGUACAGCAAUAGUGUGGUGUCCUACAAAUAUCACAAUGUAGUCAAUUAUUUUUCUAUAAAAAUCAUUUUUUAUAAAAGCUGUUUUUAUGCAACUUGUGAUAAUAAAUCUUCUCUAUUUUAGAAUAAAACUCGUCUUUUC